CGAUCGAAAUACUUCGCAGUUGUGUUUGAGCUGUCGUGGUGAAAUGUCGCUCUUAACUUGGCCAAUUCUAUGGCUCAUCUGCUGUGUUGUCGCGACUGCAACGCAAUCCUGUGAGAAAGAUGGAGAGCUUAGAUUCAUGUGCCGCGAAUUGAGCAGCCUGGACGAUCUAUUGAACAUAAAAAAUGUAACCAUCGAUCACAUUUAUACACUCAACAUCAGCAAUAAGCAAACCGAGCUCAGCAUUGGAGCACCCAACAGUGGAAUAAACUUGGAACAAUUGAUGAUCUUGGAUCUGUCCCAAGUGCCACGCUUAGUGCUUCUUAGUGGCGGCUUCUCCAAUCUCCCCGAACUACUCUAUCUCAACAUCAGUGGCUGUGCCGUGGAACAACUGCUGAGCUCGCAUUUUGCAGCCAAUUCGGUGCUUAAACUGCUCGACGCAAGUCACAAUGAGCUCAAUGCUCUGACAAAGGAUUUCUUUGUCAAUCUUCCAGAUUUGAUUCUUGCUAAUUUCACUCACAAUGCUCUGAGUCAUGUGGAGUUGCCGCACAUGCCACAUCUGAGAGAGCUUCACCUUGGCAGCAAUGACUUGGCAAAUUUGAGCCUGGGCGAUUGUCCGCACUUGCAGCAACUCAUCCUCAACGACAAUCAACUCACUCAGGUGGAUUCCACUUCAUUCCAACAAUUACCCGAAUUAUUGGAGCUGCAGCUGAGCGGAAAUUUGAUAACUGAUAUUGGCAAGAAUACUUUCCAGUCGUUGACAAAACUGCGCACUCUAAAUCUAUCGAGGAAUGCAUUGACUUCACUUCCGGCAGAUGUCUUUGGCUCAUCAAUUGAGCAGCAAUUCACAUUGCAACAAUUGGAUCUCUCUCAUAACAACAUUAAUGUGCUCUUCGAAAACCAAUUCGAAUUGCUAGGUGGACUCCAGUUGCUGGAUUUAUCCGGCAAUAAAAUUGCCGUUUUGAAGAGUGUUCACUUCGCAGGUCUGAUUUCGUUACGCCAUUUGUAUUUGGGGUCAAACGACAACAUGGAGCUAAGGGGACACACCUUUGAAACACUCAAGCAACUGAAGACGCUCGACUUGUCACACAUUGGUCUCGAUACUCUGGGUCCACAUCUCUUUGGCUACAAACAGGAGGAGACAGAAAGUAUCUAUUAUUACUUGCGAAUGGCUCACAUGCGUAAGCUUAAUCUAAACGGCAAUAAACUCCAACAUCUGCACCUUAGAACCUUCGCUAAGUUAUCCUCUUUGAAAGAACUCUAUCUGAGCAACAAUGCAUUGCGGUUUCUUUCCGCAAGCGUGCUUGAUCCAAUACAAAAUCUGAGGAAGCUGGACGUGAGUUACAAUCAAUUGGCAGAGAUAAGCAGCGAAGUUCUGAAUAGGCUGAACAACAUCACGGAUCUGCAUAUUGACAACAAUCAGCUGACUUUUCUACCCAAUCUUAAUGGAACGCUGUCCCAUUUGCAAAGUGUUGCCAUCAAAGGCAAUCCCUGGCAAUGUGUUUGCUUGAUGGAAUUAAAGGAUUGGUUGACUUCCCGCCAGGUAAACUAUGAAGACGGCAGCAAUGUGAAAUGCGUGGAGUCAACCUUUGAUUACUGUGUGCAAAAUGUGAAGGAUGAUCGACGUAACGAUGCUGAGAAUGAGCUUGAGUUUUGGCGAACAAUCGGAUUGCCACUGCUGCAGAACCAAAAUGUGGGAUACAAAAAAAGCAAGUUCACGAGCUUAAAAUGCGAGGAAUUGAGCAGCUUCACGGAGAUAAGCAGUGUCCUUCAUUUACCCACAAGGACCCUUCAGCAACUAACUAUCCAAAGCAGGGAUACAAAGCUAACCAUUGGAGCAGCCAACAGUUCUGUGAACAUGCCGCAUUUGUUCCUUCUCGAUCUGUCCCACUCGAAAGAUCUGGAACUUUUCAGUGAAGGCUUCUCCAAAUACCCCAAUCUCACUGAUAUCGACAUCACUGGCUGUGGCUUAGAACAACUGCUAGACUCACACUUUGCCAUCGAUUCCAUGGUGCACUUGCUGAAGGCAGGUCACAAUAAGCUUAGUUCUCUGUCGAAGGAUUUGUUUAACAGACUUCCCCGUUUGCAAAAGGCCUAUUUCAACCAUAAUGGUUUGAGUCAUUUGGAAUUGCCGCACAUGCCAAAUCUUAGGUACUUGGAGCUUCAAAGAAAUAAGUUAACUGAUUUCAACCUUAACAAUUGUCCACGCUUGGAGCAUCUCGACCUCUACGGCAAUCAAAUCACUGAGUUUCAGAUUACACCACCUGCAGAAGGUUUUAACUCAUCGACCAAGAAGCAAUUUCCACUGCGAUUAUUGGAUCUCUCAAGUAACAACAUAAGUGUGCUAACCGAAAACAAAUUCCAAUUUCUGGGUGAACUUGAAAUACUGGAUUUAUCUGGCAAUAAAUUCACCACUCUGAAGGGUGCUCACUUCUCAGGUCUGACUUCUUUACGCCAUUUGAGUUUGGCGACGAACCACAAAAUGGAGCUAAUAGGACACACAUUUGAAGCCCUCCAGCAACUGGAGACACUUGACUUGUCCUUCAUUGGUCUCGAAAGUCUGGAUCCGCAUCUCUUCGGCUACAAGCAGAUGGACAAAGAAGGACUUUAUGAGUACUUGCCAAUGGCUCACAUGCGACAGCUUAAACUAGACGUAAAUAAACUUCAGCAUCUGGACCCUAGAACCUUUGAGAAAUUGCCAUUUUUGGAUACACUUUUGCUCGCCCGUAAUGCAUUGCGUGUGCUUCCCGCGGGCCUGUUUGCUCCAAUCCGAAAUCUGAAGGUGCUGGAUGUGCGUCACAAUAAAUUAACAGAGAUUAGCAGAGAUCUUCUGGAGACUAUAAGCAACAUCACGACUCUACAUAUUGACUAUAAUCAACUGUCUUCUCUACCCGACUUAAAUGGGACGCUGCCCAAUUUAAAGCGUAUAGCCAUCGAGGGAAAUCCCUGGCAAUGCGACCUCUUUGCCCAAACGGAGCGUUGGCUGAUCUCAAGAAAAAUAGCGUAUAUAAAGGAUGACUACGAGUUUUUUAGCAGCGAUGAGGAGCUGCCCCUCUGCAUUUGAGAAUUGUAUGCGGAAUGGGUUCGUCAAUCGACAUGAAUAUCUCCAUACUUAUAUAGAGCAAAAUGUCGAAGCAGACUGAUGGCGUUGAUAAUGAU